GUAACAUCAAAAGUUGAAAAUUUACAAUCAAUUUGUGAGAAAAUUUAUUUUGUUUUAUGGAAAUUCAUACAUUUGUAAACCCCAAAAUGACCAGCAGUAAUUUGAAUAAAAUUAUAAGGACAAAUCUCAAUCUAAAUUCUAAAAUCUUAUCCAAAAAUACCAACGAAAUUGUUAAUACCUGCAUAGGAAAAUUAUACAAACAAAUACCAAUGACUUUUAAAAAUGGCUUGCAGCGGAACAAAUUGGCGACCGAAGUCAAAUCGGAAAAUUAUGGACCAGUAGAAAGAUAUAAAAUGCUAGAGCGUAAACGGCAACAGACAACAGGAAUUAAACCUUUAAAGGGUAAUAGUAAUGUUUACGAGACCCAAAUGUUAUGUAAUCUAAUGAAUAUGAGCAGGAAACCCGCACCACUUACACCUAGAAAACUACUGAAAACAACUUCUUAUAAAAUCUUUAAUACAAAACGUUAUUGUUCUAGUGUUAGUAGUUCUAGUGGUAGUAUUUUGUACCGCAAGGAGGAUAAGCAACGUUCAAUGCGUAACUAUUGUACUCCCGCUAAAAGUAAUGUGGAUAAAGUUCUUCCUAAGAGAUCUGUUAUAACACAACAUAAUCCUGCUGCUUUAAUCAUGCCUACCCGCAAUCAACAUAUGAGUUCCAAAUUAGAUUCUAUGCAACGGGCCAUGAAAGUGAGUGGUCAAAUACAAAAAGAUCUAAUGGCUAUAGAUAAGUUAUUAAAAAAUCGUUUAAAAGUAGCAGGCAAAGGUAUGGAGACCAAAACAACGAAUGGACCAGCAGUUAAUGCAAAAGACUGUAGCCAGUUUAAAGAACAGCAGCAAAAAAAGCAAAUACCUAAUAAACCCCAAAUUCACAAGCAAAUCAAAGAUAUCGCCAAUACAUUGGAGAGAAAGAAAACAAUUAUUCCUUUAACCGAAACUGUAAAACCGUUAAAAAGACAAAAACUUUAUCAUAGAACCACCAUUUCAGAGAGCAGAAAUGUACCUGGUUUUCCAGAUUCCAAUGAAGAAAAUAAACAAAAAACGCCAUUAAAGACACAUUUUAUACGUUACCCUGCAAAAGAAGACAAGUUAAGUGAGCAAUUAGUAAAUAGUAAUGUAUUAAAGAAACCUGCACUUGAUCGAACGAAUAUUGAGGAAUCACGUAAACCUUUGAAAGCAAAAGGAAAUAUUGUGCCCUCAGCCACUUAUUGGUUGCUUAAACCUAAUCAUUUUCCACCAAUGGAGGGUAAAACUAAAACAUGAUUUUAAAAAUUAUAUAAAUCUUUUUAUAUAAAUUUUGAAAUCAUUUCCAACUAAAUUACAAAUACAAAAGGAAAUUUUUUAUUACUUAAAAAAAUAAAGAAUUUUCCUUGUAUUAUAAUUAGUAAUUUUUCAAACUUAAUGAAAAUGCAUUUCUUUCUCUCAUGUAUAUUUAAUAAAUGUACCUACAAGAUAUUCAUUA